UCAUCUUUCUCUUAGGAAAACAGAACAAAAGGAACCAAUCCACAACCAACAAAAGACAUGCGGUGAUCGCAAAGUCAUCUCUCACAAGCAACAGCCAAAAAACUUGUUAAAUUUUCUCACAUAGAGAUCUCAGACUCUUCACAAAUCCUUGAAUCUUCGAGGUUCUUGAGUUACAGAGAGCAGCCAUGGUAGGAAGAUACUGUUGCAGAGAUGUGUUGCCGUUCACAUCUCUAGUAGCAAUGGAGUGUGUGAACGUGGGCUUGAAUACCCUUUACAAAGCAGCCACUUUAAAGGGCAUGAACUACCAUGUCUUCGUCGUCUACGCUUAUGGUGUUGCUGCUUUUGUUCUUCUUCCUGCUCCUUUCAUCUCCUGCAGAUCAAGAGUGCUUCCUCCGCUAAGCUUCUCUAUACUCUGUAAAAUUGGUCUUCUUGGGCUUAUUGGAUGCUCAUCUCAGAUCAUGGGCUUCACAGGCAUAAAUUAUAGUUCUCCAACACUUUCUUCAGCCAUCAGCAACCUCACACCAGCUUUUACUUUCAUUCUUGCCAUCAUUUUCAGAAUGGAAAGGAUUGCUCUGAAAGGAAGAAGCAGCCAAGCAAAAGUACUGGGCACCAUUGUUUCAAUAGCAGGUGCAUUUAUAGUCACUCUAUACAAAGGUCCACCCAUUAUCAUUGCUUCUUCACAAUCAAUUUCACUUCAUCAAUCUCUUAAAUCAUCACAUCCAAACUGGAUACUUGGUGGGAUUUUCCUCACAGCUGAGUACAUACUAGUUCCAAUGUGGUAUAUUGUUCAGACACAGAUAAUGAAGGAAUACCCAGCAGAAUUCACAGUCGUUUUCUUUUACAAUUUGUUUGUGAGUAUUAUAGCAGCAAUUUUCACUUUGGUUGUUGAAGGAGCUUCAAGUGCUUGGAUAAUACACCGGAAUAUCGCAUUAGCCUCCAUUCUUUGCUCGGGAUUGUUUGGAUCAUGCUUGAAUAAUACUGUUCAUACAUGGGCUCUGCACUUGAAGGGACCUGUCUUUGUAGCCAUGUUCAAGCCUUUGUCAAUUGCCAUUGCAGUUGCUAUGGGUGCUAUGUUUCUUGGUGAUGCUCUUCAUCUUGGAAGCCUCAUUGGAGCAAUGAUAAUCUCUAUUGGCUUUUACACUGUGAUGUGGGGAAAAUCCAAAGAAGAGUUGAGUGAAGAUUAUGGUUCUAGUAACCUGGAAUCUCCAUCAGCCCACAAGGUCCCUUUAUUACAAAACUACAAAGAAGAACUUGCUUAGGCAGAUCACCUACUGCCUAUUUCAGACAUGUAAAGGGCCAGAAAAAUAUACUAAAAAAUGACUUUUGGUUAACUCUUAGCAGCCUCAAGUUUCCUGCAUAAGGGCAUAAAACGCGCAGGACAAUGUAACAGUCAGUAGAAAAACGAUACAAAUUGUAUAUACAAAAUAUUCGCUCUCUCUGAAUCUGCUCCAACAUGGGCUGGAAGUCUCAUAUUAUAACUUCAAAAGUUGUAUAAAAGAUAUGGUAACUUGUAAUAUUGUUUAUCAAUUGCUAA